AUGACAGCCGAGAGCGGGCCGCCGCCGCCGCAGCCGCCGCCGCCGCAGCCGGAGGCGCUGGCUACCGUGAAGGAGGAACGCGGUGAGGCGGGGGCCGGGGUCCCGGUGGAGGCGGCGGGCCGCGGCUCGGGCGGGCGGCGACGGAAGCGCCCCCUGCAGCGCGGGAAGCCGCCCUACAGCUACAUCGCGCUCAUCGCCAUGGCCAUCGCGCACGCGCCGGAGCGCCGCCUCACGCUCGGCGGCAUCUACAAGUUCAUCACCGAGCGUUUCCCCUUCUACCGCGACAACCCCAAAAAGUGGCAGAACAGCAUCCGCCACAACCUCACGCUCAACGACUGCUUCCUCAAGAUCCCGCGCGAGGCCGGCCGCCCGGGCAAGGGCAACUACUGGGCGCUCGACCCCAACGCCGAGGACAUGUUCGAGAGCGGCAGCUUCCUGCGCCGCCGCAAGCGCUUCAAGCGCUCGGACCUCUCCACCUACCCGGCCUACAUGCACGACGCCGCCGCCGCCGCCGCCGCUGCCGCUGCCGCCGCCGCCGCCGCCGCCAUCUUCCCGGGCGCCGUGCCCGCCGCGCGCCCGCCGUACCCGGGCGCCGUCUAUGCGGGCUAUGCCCCGCCGUCGCUCGCCGCGCCGCCCCCGGUCUACUACCCGGCUGCGUCGCCGGGCCCGUGCCGCGUCUUCGGGCUGGUGCCCGAGCGGCCGCUCAGCCCCGAGCUGGGUCCCGCGCCGUCGGGCCCCGCGGGCUCCUGCGCCUUUGCGGCGGCCAGCGCCUCGGCCACAGCCACCGGCUACCAGCCCGCAGGCUGUGCGGGAGCCCGGCCUGUCAACCCCUCCGCCUACGCGGCCGCCUACGCGGGCCCGGACGGCGCGUACCCGCAAGGGGCCAGCGGCUCCCUCUUUGCGGCUGCUGGCCGGUUGGCGGGGCCAGCCUCGCCCCCCGCCGGUGGCAGCAGUGGUGGCGGCGUCGAGACCGCCGUGGACUUUUAUGGGCGCACGUCGCCCGGUCAAUUCGGAGCGCUGGGGCCCUGCUACAACCCUGGUGGGCAGCUCGGAGGGGGCGGUGCAGGUGCCUACCAUGCUCGCCAUAUGGCCGCCUAUCCUGGCGGGGUGGAUCGUUUCGUGUCCGCCAUGUGAGCCGAGCAGACGGUCGAAAAUUCAUAGAUGCCUUGGCUGUUUGCACAAGAGUAUCCCCAAGACUGAGGACAGGACUGGAGAGAGGGCCGAACUGAGGGCUACAGAGGAGAGACGUGGACGGGAGAGUCAGCCUCCGAGUGCAUCGCGUACACACCUGGUUCACUUUGUAAAUGGGAGGACGUUGGGACAGGCAGCUCAGCUCACGGACUGGGACAAAGGACCCUCAAUCAGGUGACGCUCCUAAAGACAUGCCUUUCAGGGGGCGCAGUGUCGUGUCUACACCAGACUCUAGGAUCCGAAUCACAUGACUUCACUCUUCCCUGUACGGCGGGGAAACGGGCCUUUUUACACGGGUUCCGCCUCUUAUGCCUUUAACUAUGUUACUGCAAUAAAAGGCUCCAAU